AUGGCUCAGAUCAUGUCUGUAUGUAAUGUUUGUGAACUUUCUAAUGAAAUCAAGUGGAAAUGUAUUAAUUGUGAUUUGAUGUUGUGUACAGAAUGCAAAACAAUAACACACUCAAAGUUUAAAGGAUUUGAGCUGCAUACUAUCAUUGAAUUAAACCGUUUAGGGACAAGGGAGGCAAAAAGUGAAAUACGAAACUUAAAUCUUCGGAAAAUUAUGUGUACCUACCAUUGUGAUGAAAAAUGUUGUCUUUAUUGUAACGAUUGCAGACUGCCUAUCUGUUUAUCAUGUAUUCUUGAAAAACACAGUGGUCAUAAAGCAGUGAAGAUUGAUUUUGUUUACCGCAAACAGAAUUCUGAACUGGGAAAAUUCAGAGGUUUAGUGGAGAUGGAGCUUUCGCUUUGUGCUGAGCAACGUGGACGAAAACAACGUUUUUUAAACAGUUAUUCUACUAUAAAAGAGAACAUCCUGGAAAGGGAAAAAGCAUUAAAAGAAAUUAUAACUGCACAUGCUUCAAAUCUUAUGAAGGAACUUGAUGACAUUUAUUCAUAUGAUGACACAUCAUUUGCCAAAGAAGAAGCAAGUUUACAGAAAUAUGAAAACGAAAUAAAACAGAAAAAAGCUGAUGCAGAUGACGCAUUAGGUUCUUGUGAUGCAACUUCAGUUUUAAACACUUUGGAGCAAUUUGAUUUUAAAUUACCAGAAAAACCCUUUAAGAAAUUACCACAAGAACAAAUAGCAUGUUUCACACUAGGAGAACCAGAAAUUGAUAUCAAGUUCAACAUUAGACCAUUGAAGAAGGCUCUACGUAUGAUAGAAAUAACAGAAAUAUAUGACACAGGAAACCUAGAUAUUUCAAACUUUAAAACACUUACGAAUAGAACUUAUGUGAUGACCGAUGAAAGACAUUAUUCCUUGAAGCAGUUUAUUUUCCAAGAUUCUAAAUGUGAGUUCAGGAAAAGUAUUGAAAUGAGUGUAUUUGAUAUAACAGUCACUAACGAUGAUAUUAUACUCGCCUCAUAUGGUGAUUCAGAAGUUAUUUAUAAAAUAACCGACUCUGGAAAGGACAUUUUCAAGUCUGUUUUAUCACCUAGACAAGUUAGGGGAGUUCAUGUGGAUGAAAAUCACCAAUUGUUUGUAGGAUUUAUAAAUACGACCGGUAUACAGGAAACUGGUAUAGUAAUCUUUAAUUUAAAAAGCGACCAAGUUCAGGAAUUUUCCAUCCCGGGAGACAAUGAUUCCUUUACUAUACCCGAUAAGAUAACGACAAAUUUGAAUGGCGAUAUUUGUGUUAUUCAGAGUAAAGUGGUCACUAGUUGGAAAGGUAUAGUAAUUGUGUACGAGUUUAGCCAUCCACUUGCUCAAGUUAAGUGGAUAUAUAAAGGACAUAAUAUCAUCAAUUCUUCGUUAGAUUUUUCUCCAUGUGAUAUUGUGACUACCACCGACCUGGUAUUAACAUCAGAUAUUUUAACCAAAACAAUACACGUCCUUUCAUCGAAUGGGGACUUCCUAACAUUGAUAGGUGAAGAAGAUGGUGUAUUUUCUCCACGCAGUCUAAAUAUAAACAAAGAAGGACAAUUACUAAUAGGGAGUUUUCAAACAGAUGAUGACUGUUCUAAGAUUUAUGUCGCAAAAUUUGUAAUCUGA